AUGGCUUCGCUCCUCCGACUGGCGGUCAUAUUGCUGACCGUAGCCAGCGCGUCCCUCCUUCACACGACCACGGCGGACCUCCUGCUGAGGCCAGAGCGCGUGCCUCGCGCGCAGUUCCGCAUUCGCUGCAACUUCAGCCACGCUCUGCGGGAUGACCCCAUCGUCUUCCCUGGGCAGCCCGGCAAGUCUCACCUGCACGACUUCCUCGGCAGCACCAUCACCAAAGCCGACACCACUGAUGCCAGGGCGUUGGUGGGCAGCAAGACAACGUGCGGGCUGAAGGCGGACUCAGCAGCGUACUGGUUCCCGUCCAUGUUCAUGCGCACCAACCAGAAGGACGCCAAGGGCCAGUACAUCUACAAGCACUUAAAGCCCAACUGGACGCUCUUCUACUACCGCACGUCUGUCAAGAACCCGGAAACCAUCAUGCCCUUCCCGCGGGGCUUCCGGAUGCUCACAGGCAACCCAUUCGCAGGAUCUAAACAAGCUGACGACAUGGCGAACGUGGAAUGGUGGUGCGGCGCGCGCGGCAAGCACGGUAACGACUUUCCGCACCAGAAGUGUCCUGCGGGCGACCAGCUGAUUGGCAAGAUCAACUUCCCCGUGUGCUGGGACGGCAAGAACAUCGACAGCGCGGAUCACCGCAGCCACGUGGUGCACAUCCCGCUAAACACCACGUGCCCGUCGUCGCACCCCGUGCCGCUGCCGCGCAUCAGCAUCAAGGUGUACUACCCCGUCGACACGGACCUCGACCUCACGUGGCCCAAGAACGGCGUCAAGGGCAACCCCGCUGUCUACCUCUCCACCAUUCAGAGCGGCGGCACGGGCAGCCCUUUUGAGUACCACAGCGACUUUAUCAACGGGUGGGACCAAAAGCCUUCCAACUGCGCAAGCGCUGCUGUUGCAAUGGUGACUGCCACAAUCACCCCCCUCUUCGCGCAUGCGCCCGCGGCCCUGGUCAGAGUGUCCACCGCCUCGCCGCGAACUGGACUCAGAGCCUUGCCGUUCCUCCCGCGCCCGCGAGAUGUCACAAGGCGCAUCGUGCAAUCACGUGGGGCAGCCCGAUGUGCUGUUGCUGACGUGGCAAGAAGAGAGGAUGGGCAGAGCAACGAUCAACUGGGCGGGGAUCUGCCUCAGGCCGCCGAUCAGUCAGCGCAGCUGGCGGCGGAUCUGGCGGGCAACGGGUGGCGCAGCACGCGGCGCACGAAGCUGGUGUGCACCAUCGGGCCGGCGUGCUGCGGCUUCGAGCAGAUCGCGGCGCUGGCGGAGGGCGGCAUGAACGUGGCGCGCAUCAACAUGUGCCACGGCACGCACGCGUGGCACCGGCAGGUGAUGGCGGACAUCCGGCGGCUGAACGCGGAGCGCGGGUACAGCGUGGCGGUGAUGAUGGACACGGAGGGCAGCGAGAUCCACAUGAGCGACCUCCAGGGCGCGCCCUCCGCUAAAGUCGCGGAGGGCGACGUGUGGACGUUCACGGUGCGCAAGUUCCCUGACGGCAUGGCGCUGCCGCCCAACACCGUGCACGUCAACUAUGACGGCUUCAUUGACGACGUGAGGGAGGGCGACGAGGUGGUGGUGGACGGGGGCAUGGCGCGGCUGCAGGUGGCGGCGCGCAUGGGGCCCGACGUGGUGUGCAGCGUGCUGGACCCGGGGCUGCUGCUGCCACGCGCCAACCUCACCAUCUUCCGCAAUGGCCACCUCGUGCGCGCCACCAACGCCAUGCUGCCCACCAUCUCCUCCAAGGACUGGAUAGACAUAGACUUUGGAAUAGCGGAGGGGGUGGACUUCAUAGCCAUCUCCUUCGUGCGCUCACCUGAGGUCGUCACGCACCUCCGCAGCUACGUAAACGCGCGCUCUCCCUCCCGGUGCGUGCCGUGUGGUGGGUGUGGUGCAGGUGGGUGCAGCUGUCUCGACUCCCUCGCAUCACACUCAUUCACCCGCCCCUCUCUCAUCCACCUGUGCGCCGCCUUCCUCCUGGGUACCUGCCACCAUAAGUUCACAGCACAUGGCUCGUUACCUCCUCCCCCAUCACCACACGCCCCUCCCCCACUCCCCUCCGCCGUCCCCCUGUCUUCCCCCAGCCCCAUAGCGUUGAUAGCCAAGAUAGAGAGUGUGGAGGCGGUGGGGCGGCUGGAGGAGAUCAUAGCGGCGUCGGACGGGGCGAUGGUGGCGCGGGGCGACCUGGGCGCGCAGGUGCCGCUGGAGGACGUGCCGGGCGUGCAGCAGGACAUGGUGGACCUCUGCCGCGCCCUCAACAAGCCCGUCAUUGUGGCGUCGCAUCUCCUCGAGUCCAUGAUCGAGUUCCCCAUCCCCACCCGCGCUGAGGUGGCGGACACGGCGGAGGCGGUGCAUCAGCAGGCGGACGCGCUGAUGCUGUCGGGGGAGUCGGCCAUGGGGCAGUUCCCUCUUAAAGCCCUCGACGUGCUGCGCACCGUUGCAGAGCGCUUUGAGGCCAUCGAGGAGGGGCAGGGCGGAUACGAGGGGGGCCCCGGUGCGGCGGCCACGGACGGGCGCACGGCGGUGGAGCGCGUGGCGCUGCUGCCGGAGCUGUCGCACUCGCUGCGGGACCGCAUGUCCGAACAGAUCUGCGCAGCCGCUGCCCAGAUGGCCAUGCGUCUGGGGGCAAAAGCAAUAAUCGCCUUCACCCAGAGGGGCUACAUGGCGUCGUUGCUCUCGCGCUGCCGCCCCAACUGCCCCAUCUUUGCCGUCACGCCCUCCCAGGCGGUGAGGCAGCACAUGAGUGUGUACUGGGGCCUCGUGCCAUUCCGCCUCGACCUCUCAGACGACGCCGAGGGCAACAUGCGGCGCGCCUUCGCCGUGCUCAAGCGUGAGGUGUACGAGCGUGAGGUGUACGAGCAUGAGGUGUACGAGCGUGAGGUGUACGAGCGUGAGGUGUACGAGCGUGAGGUGUACAUGAUCCACGGGAUGACCCUGCCUUCACACUGCAGGUCUGAAUCUGCUGUGCCAAACGGGUUGCAGGGAUUGAGUCCAGCACUCUACGGUCCUUCCACUCCACCUCCCUCUCUGCCUUGCACUUCCCUCCCCUCCUCCCUGCUCUCUGCCACUCUUCGCCUCUCCCUCUCACAGCACCACGCCACUUCCCUCUCACAGCACCAUGCUGCUUCCCUCUCUCAGCCACUCCCCCACCCCUCUUGUACAACCCCUCGCGUCCCCCCCGCCCCAACCCGUUCCCCACCCCCCCAGGCGAGGGGCCUGGUGGCGGAGGGCGAUCUCAUCAUCGCCGUCUCUGAUGUGGCGGGUGGGCAGGAGGCCGUGGGGGCCAGGCAAAGCGUGCAGGUCCGCAAGGUGCUGUGA